AACAUCUUCCAAUAUGGCAGCCGCUACAACGCCAGUGGAACGGGGCUCGCCUCCAAAAUCUGACACUACGGUCCCCGUCAUUUUUGACAUAUCAAAACCUCCCGUCAUCGAAGGAUUUAACCCUCUGUCGCGGCAGAAGGAAGAGGGAUUCAAAGAGAAGUUCAUGAGAAAAGCUAAGGAGAAUCCCUUUGUGCCGAUAGGUUGCCUGGGAACGGCCGGUGCACUAACGUACGGUCUCAUCGCCUUUAAACACGGAAAGACCCGACAGUCACAGCUGCUGAUGCGGGCGCGCAUCCUUGCACAAGGGUUCACUGUAGUGGCCAUCAUAGUGGGUGUGGUAGCUACAGCCAUCAAGCCAAAGCAGUGAGGCCAGUGGCAAACUCUCAUCACCAACUUUCACCUGCCGAUCCAUGGGAAGCAACUCUCAGCUCUGUGAUUGAACCUUUCAAAGGAACAUUUUAAAGCCAGAUUGUUUCCUCUUCGUUUGCCUACCAUGUAUAUUGCUGUAUGUAAUCUAAAUUGAUAGAACCUAUCAAUUAAAAUGAAAAUGCUA